AUGGUGACAACUCCUGUCGCCACACCCAGCACCGGAAAAAUGAAGCAGGUGGGUGGACACAACAAGAUGAACAAUAAAAAUCCUCGUCCUCCAAAGAUGAAAGGGAAGGGCAAGGGUAAAGGAAAGCGUCCGGCCAAGAAGACUCCUCCCACCAAGCAACAAUUAUCACCCUCAACGACGUCAUCAACGCGACCCUCUGGCUCCAACCUGGAGCCAACUAAGCGACAAAAGAAGGAACGUGUUUUCCAGCUCAAUAAACGACUGGCUGCAAUGGCUAAACGCAAAGAGCGACUAACCGAGAUAGAGGAAGUCUUCAGCUGUUUUCAGACGGAAGAUUUGACACCAAGCGACCACACUGUUUCCUGUAUGGUCAAUGCUUAUGUCAGGGUUGGUUUAGUCCAGAAAGCCAAGGAGUUUUACUUCUCGCACCUCAAGGCACCAGCGGCCUCCUGUUCUUCUGAGACGAAGAGGAACGAGCCAGCUUUAACGGCAUUGCUUAA